CCGUGCGGGAUGUUGAAUCCGUAGGAGAGAUUCAGUUGUACUGCCUGGCUCCUCUCUGUCGCACGGCUAACGCCCGUGGAUCGGUGAGAGUGCGAGCUGACUUCGCGUGCCGCGAGAGGAGCCAAUUCCUUCCCUCGGCGAGAGCUUCACAGUCACGGCACGACCGUGAAAAGGAAAUCGAAACGCGCCGUGAGAUGGGUACAUCCGCGUAAGAGGGGUGCGCUGCAUGAUCUCGCUGGGGUAGCCGGUGUUUGCAGGGUUUACAUCCGGAAGCAGACACGCACAACACGGAAAGGAUGGGAAUGUACGUAACGGGUGUGAUUGGCGUGGUCGUGUUUUACAUCGCGGUGCUCGCCGUCGGCAUAUGGGCUGCCGCAUUCAGGAGGAAAAAGGCCGCACAAGGACAAGAAGACAUGAUGUUGGCAAAUCGCGCGCUCGGUCCCUUGCUCGGCGUCUUUACGCUCGUUGCGACAUGGGUCGGAGGUGCCUUCGUCAACGGCACCGCUGAAGCCAUGUUCACGAAGGGUCUGGCCUGGUGUCAAGUGCCCAUCGGAUACAGCCUCAGUUUACUUUUCGGCGCCAUGCUCUUCGUGCGUCCGAUGAGAAAGGCCGAGUACGUGACGAUGCUGGAUCCCUUUCAAGAACGAUACGGCGCGGGCAUUGGUGGCUUGCUCUUCCUUCCAGCACUGUGCGGCGAUUUAUUCUGGUGCGGCGCCGUUUUGAGAGCGCUGGGCAGCUCGCUGGCCGUCGUCGCCGGCAUCGAUCCGAACAUCAGCAUUUGUGCAUCAGCACUCUUGGCGGCCGUAUACACUGUUUUCGGCGGAUUGUAUUCCGUGGCCUGCACCGACGCGCUUCAGCUGCUGUGCAUUUUAAUGGGUUUAGCGAUAGCCGCGCCGUUCUCCAUGUUUCAUCCCGCGGUAUCAUUCGAGAAUAAUCUGACUACCAGAGACUGGCUGGGACACGUGAAGGAUGAGGAUCUGGGCGAAUGGGUGGACGGUAUGCUGCUGCUGGUGUUCGGCGGUAUACCUUAUCAGGGUUACUUUCAACGAAUCCUAAGCAUCAAGAGCACUUCCGUUGCAACGACACUAUCAAUAGCAUCGAUGUUCGGCUGCCUGAUACUCGCGGUGCCGUCAGCCUUCAUCGGGGUGGUGGCUCGCGCCACCGAUUGGUCCGCAGUUCCAGGAUAUAAUAAAACAUUUUCCACGGACGAUGGAAAUGCCGCUUUGCCGAUGGUCUUGCGAUAUCUCACGCCUCAAUGGGUCUCCUUUCUUGGCCUCGGCGCAAUAUCGGCGGCGGUGAUGUCCUCGGCGGAUUCCAGUAUACUCGCCAGCAGCUCCAUGUUUACCAGAAAUGUGUACAAACUCACGAUACGGCCGAAAGCGUCCGAGCGUGAACUGAACUGGGUCCUGAGGGUUUCCGUAAUUGUAGUCUCCAUACUGUCCACUCUUGUUGCUCUCACAGUCAGCAGCGUUUAUUACCUCUCGUAUUUGUGCUCCGAUCUCGUCUACGUCGUUCUGUUCCCGCAAUUAUUAGCCGUCAUCCACUGGCCCUCUAUGGUGGACACUUACGGCUGUCUGGCGGGAUACUUCAUCGCUAUCAUUCUGCGUCUCGCUGGUGGUGAAAGAGAACUCGGCAUACGUCCAUUGAUCGAAUAUCCGUUCUACGAUACGAAGACACGUACCCAGAAGUUUCCCUUUCGCAGCGCCAUCAUGAUAAUCGCUCUCUUCACUCAGUUUUUCACUAGCUUUCUCGCCCGGAAUCUACUCGGCAAAGGUUACUUUCCAGAAUGUUGCGACGUGCUAAGCAUCUACUCGCCCGGAAAGUCGAAAGAGCCGUCCGGAGUCGUGCAAAGUAGCUCCGGCGCCGCUCUCAUGGAUUCGUCCUCGAAAUCGACUUCAGGGAUAGACUCGUGCGACGGCAUCGGCACGUGCGCUUACGACGAUGACAGAACUUGCAGCCACGAGGACGACGACGGCGGCGAUCUCGCCGAAUUGUCGAAGGUGAAGUGCAUCAACAUAUCGGCCGUGCAAAGGGCGAAUCACAAUCUGCAGAAUCUGCAAAAUCUGCGAAUGCAGACACCGGCGCGACACGUCGCGUGCGCCACUCCCACGGCGAGGCAGUACGAGCCGAUGCAGAGCGACAUGUGCAGAGGUCAAAUCAUCGGAGUGAGGAAUCUGCGGACUGCCGGCCAGGUGCUCUCGCCCACCCGGUCGAUCGGCCAGGUCCUCUCGCCCACCCGGUCGAUCGUCGGCAUCCCGGCGACGCCGUCAAUCACGCCGUGCGCACCGUCGUACGCCAAGGUAGGCUGCGAGCUCGGCCCGAGCGAGAAGCCGCGGGACGGCGACAGGGUCAGCAUCGUCGACAGGAACAAUGCAGAGUACAAUCUAAACGCUCAGGAGAACCCGCCUGCCAGCGUAGGUCCGAAGAAGAACGUAAAGGGGGUGAAGCUGGUCGGUAUGGAGGGCGGCACGCUGCGGAGGCCCUCGCUGCAGGUGAGGGACGACGAGCUCAACGAAUCGUCGUCUUUAUGAAAUCUGCGAAAGCCGCGGAAAAUCUUCGUUUAAUUUUAUACGCAUUUUGUUUUGUAUUUUUAGUUAUUAUUAUGUAAUAAAUCGUU